GUUUGAAAGAGCCACCUCAGUGAAUGAAUAAUUCAGAAAUAAUUACCUCUAUACUCCGAGUUGAGUGGUGUAUUAGAUCUUGACAGACAACGCCAAAAUCUUGUGAGCAUGCGUCUUAAUCGUAUCCUCAAUGGUCGUUGUGUUGUGAAAAACAAUGCAAGCAGCAAUAAUUAAUGAAUGGUGAAGUUAAAGCUGCAUGUGUGAUUCUUGCAUUGAAUAAUUUAGCAAGCAGAUAUAUAGUCGGUGAAGAUUCAUCACAUUUAGGCUUGCCACAUAUUAUUGACUAGUUGGUCCAUCACCUUUGCGUACAUUGUUUUUUAAACUAGGAUUUUUUUUUUUUAUUUAUUUUUGUUAAAUGAAGAGUUGCUGCAUCUAUAAAGAUAGCCCUUUUCCACCCUAAAUUUUCAGGGUAGUUCCACAACUUGCAAGACAUGGGUGAGAAAGAGCCCAAGAUCGCCACAGUCAUCAUCAAGGUUGAUCUCGAAUGCUGUUGCUGCUCCAAGAAGAUCAAGAGCACUCUGUGCAAGCUCCAGAAGCGAUUCAAGGUCAAUUCCAUCGUUUUCGAUGAUAAGAAGGGCACGGUCACCGUCUCCGGCGCUUUCAAUCCGGACUGCUUCAUCAAGAAGCUCUGCUGCAUGGCGCACAAGGUGAUUAAGGACAUCCAAAUCAAAAAACCAGACCCACCUCCGCCGCCGCCGCCGCCCGAGCCAAAACCAGCUCCUCCCCCGCCCGAACCCACCCCGCCGCCCGCACCCGAUCCGCCACCGCCACCCGCGCCGGAACCACCUCCGCCGGCCCCAGAGCCGCCGCCCCCUCCCGCACCGGAACCCCCGCCAAAGCCGAAGCCGAAGCCGAAGCCAGAGCCGGCGCCUCCGCCGGAGGUGCUGCUUAAGUUUCCGAUGUGGGCGUUCCCGACCCCGGUAUGGCCCUGCUGCUACCAGCCGUGUCCCUGCUACGAGCCGCGCCACGGUUGCUGCCGCUGCUGCUCCUGCGGCCACGUCUCCGACGGCCAACCUCCACCGGCGGCCGUUCCUCCUCCGCAGCCAGUGUAUUACGGCGGCUUCCCCUGCUUCGAAGAGCAAGGCUACAAGAUAGUGUGCGAAGACGAGCCUUCCUAUGGCUGCUCCGUCAUGUAAUCUAAUAAUUCUCUAGCGAUCGACAACAAUAAGAAUAACAAGCGAGCGCAUGUUUUCAUUUACAAA